GGCGAGCGUCGCAGACACGUCACACCCAACUCUCUCCUCUCAGAUCAAACCCACCACUCUUCUCACUUUCCGACUCAGCUCGCCACGGCAGUGCACUCAGAUCCCAUUUAUCAAUUAAACCUUCGCCGGUGAAUAUGUUACCGCCGGAGCUCCAACCUCCUUCAUAUCGCCCCCUACAUCUCUCCUUCGAUGAGUGCCCCCAGCUUCUCCACCACCUUCAAUAAUGGCCACUCUCCCGAGAGGAACCCUAGCCCUAUUUACACCAACGGCAGCAGCAGUACUCGCAGAUCGCUGAAGAACUCUCGCUUCGCUCCGUCUUCCUUCGUCCACAACGCUAGGAUCGCUAUCGCGCUUGUGCCAUGCGCUGCCUUUCUUCUCGAUCUCGGCGGCACUCCAGUCGUCGCCGCCCUAACCCUAGGCCUUAUGAUCGCUUACAUUCUCGACUCGCUCAACUUCAAGUCUGGCUCCUUUUUCUCCGUGUGGUUUUCUCUCAUAGCUGCACAGAUCACUUUCUUCUUCAGUUCGUCUCUGUUCGUGACCUUCAAUUCGAUCCCUCUCGGCUUGCUUGCCUGUUUUGUAUGCGCCCUGACUAAUUUCCUAAUUGGUGUUUGGGCGUCCCUUCAGUUUAAGUGGAUUCAAAUCGAGUACCCGACCAUCGUCCUCGCUCUCGAACGCCUUCUCUUUGCCUGCAUCCCUUUCAUAGCUUCGGUUCUUUUCAGCUGGGCAACUGUCUCUGCUGUUGGUAUGGUCAAUGCUUCCUACUAUCACAUGGCCUUUAACUGCAUUUUCUACUGGCUGUACUCAAUUCCUCGCGUUUCAUCCUUUAAAUUGAAGCAAGAAGUGAGUUACCAUGGUGGAGAAGUUCCUGAUGAUAAUUUAAUCCUUGGCCAGCUCGAGAGUUGCUUGCACACGUUAAACCUCCUAUUCUUCCCUCUGAUGUUUCACAUUGCAUCGCACUAUUCGAUUGUAUUUUCCUCCGCCUCUACAGUCUGUGACUUGUUCCUUCUUUUUUUUAUUCCCUUCUUGUUUCAACUAUAUGCAUCCACCAGGGGGGCUCUCUGGUGGGUCACCAAGAGUGAACACCAACUGAGAAGUAUUCGAGUAGUGAAUGGCGCUGUUGCUUUGGUCAUUGUUGUCAUUUGCUUGGAGGUCAGGGUUGUUUUCCAUUCCUUUGCUCGCUAUAUUCAAGUUCCUUGGCCAUUGAAUUAUCUUCUGGUCACUGCAACUAUGCUUGGAGGGGCUGCUGGUGCUGGUGCUUAUGAAAUGGGCAUGAUUGCUGAUGCUUCCAGUUCAUUGGCUUUCACUGGUUUGGCCGUCUUUGUGAGUGCUGCUGGAGCAAUCGUUGUGGGAUUUCCUGUAUUGUUCCUUCCACUCCCUGCAGUAGCUGGAUUUUAUCUAGCUCGUUUUUUCACAAAAAAGAGCCUCUCAUCGUAUUUCGCCUUUGUCAUACUCGGGAGCUUAAUGGUGACAUGGUUUGUCUUGCAUAAUUUCUGGGACCUCAACAUCUGGCUAGCAGGCAUGUCAUUAAAAUCCUUCUGCAAGCUCAUAGUUGCUGAUGUCAUAUUAGCAAUGGUGGUUCCUGGUUUAGCCCUUCUUCCCCAAAAGCUUCAUUACCUAACAGAAGUCGGUUUGAUCAGUCACGCAUUACUCCUAUGCUACAUCGAGAAUCGUUUUUACACAUACUCAGGGAUAUAUUACUACAGUUUUGAUGAUGAGGUGAUGUACCCAAGUUACAUGGUGUUUUUAACAACUUUUCUCGGAUUAGCCCUCGUGAGAAGACUCUCUGUGGACCACCACAUCGGAUCAAAAGCCGUUUGGGUGUUAACCUGUUUGUAUUCAUCAAAACUCUCCAUGUUGUUCAUGACUUCAAAAACUGCUCUAUGGGCAUCCACCAUUCUUUUAUUAGCUGUCACUCCUCCAUUGCUUCUAUACAAGGAUCGAUCAAGAACAGCCUCGAAGAUGAAACCAUGGCAAGGCUACACUCAUGCUGCAGUUUUUGGUUUAUCGGUCUGGUUUUGUCGUGAAACAAUCUUUGAAGCUUUACAAUGGUGGAACGGGAGAUCGCCAUCUGGCGGUUUACUUUUGGGAUUCUGUAUACUCUUGACCGGAUUAGCUUGCUUACCUAUUGUUGCCCUUCACUUUUCUCAUGUCAUGUCUGCUAAAAGAAGCUUGGUGCUGGUGAUAGCAACCGGACUCCUUUUCAUAAUCAUGCAGCCGCCACUCCCAACAUCAUGGACAUACCAUUCGGAAUUAAUAAAAGCCGCCAGACAAUCCACCGAUGACAUCUCAAUCUACGGUUUCAUCACAUCAAAACCUACAUGGCCAUCAUGGCUGCUGAUGUCAGCAAUCCUCCUCUCACUUGCAGCAGUCACCUCAAUCAUCCCUAUAAAGUACAUUGUGGAGUUACGUAUGAUAUUCUCAAUCGCCAUGGGAAUCGCCUUAGGUGUCUUCAUAUCAGCCGAAUACUUCCUCCAAGCAACAAUUCUACAUCUCCUUAUAGUUGUCACAAUGGUGUGCACUUGUGUAUUUGUAGUCUUCACACACCUCCCAUCCGCUUCAAGCACAAAAGUCCUCCCAUGGGUGUUCGCCUUACUCGUAGCCCUCUUCCCAGUCACCUAUCUGUUAGAAGGCCAGGUCAGAAUCAAAACCUUACUCGCGGAAACCGGGGUCGGUGACGUGGGCGAAGAAGACAGUAAGUUGACCGCCUUGCUCGCGGUGGAAGGGGCAAGAACGUCACUUCUCGGGUUAUACGCCGCCAUUUUCAUGCUUAUCGCGCUCGAGAUCAAAUUCGAGCUUGCCUCACUCAUGCGUGAAAAGUUCAACGACCAGGGUGGCGGCGGUCUUAGACAUAGUCAAUCCGGUCAAAGCGCGAGUUUCCCACCAAAAAUGCGGUUCAUGAAUCAACGUCGUGUGUUGACCGUUCCUGCUUUCACGAUCAAGCGGAUCGCGGUGGAGGGGGCAUGGAUGCCAGCUGUCGGGAAUGUGGCGACGGUGAUGUGUUUCGCGAUAUGUUUGAUUUUGAAUGUGAAUCUGACGGGCGGGUCGAACCGGGCGAUAUUCUUUUUGGCUCCGAUUCUGUUGCUUUUGAAUCAGGAUUCGGAUUUUGUUGCGGGAUUUGGGGAUAAACAGAGGUAUUUCCCGGUUACGGUUGUGAUAUCGGGUUACUUGAUGUUGACUUCGGUUUACAGUAUUUGGGAGGAGAUAUGGCAAGGGGAUGUGGGUUGGGGGAUGCAGAUUGGUGGGCCCGAUUGGAUUUUUGCAGUUAAGAAUUUGGCGCUUUUGAUUUUGACGAUUCCGAGUCAUGUGAUGUUUAAUCGGUUUGUGUGGAGUUAUACGAAGAGGAAUGACUCGAUGCCAUUGCUUACGAUUCCGCUUAAUUUGCCUCCUUCGAUUAUAACAGAUGUUGUCAAGAUAAGGAUUUUGGGGCUGUUGGGGAUUAUAUAUUCCUUAGCUCAGUAUCUAAUAUCCAGACAGCAAUAUGUGUCGGGGUUGAAGUAUAUCUAGGGUUUUACUUUUAGAAACAAAAGCAA